AUGGAAUCCCUUGUGUAUGAGAAUUCACCGUUGGCCGAUUACCUCGAAGGUAUGUCACCCAGCACACAAGUGUCGCAUGCAACCCCCUCACCGGUGCCUAUUCCAGGGGAAGGCGAGAGCAACGAAAGCUGGCUCGUGGAGGAAACACGCAGCGAACAUGACCCAAAUGACACGGCAUCCAAUUUCGCCCCUCGAGGCGUUUCGAAGUUCCAGGAGCGCGUCCGGAACAAGCUGCCCAAACCUCUAGACCUCAACAGAUCACGGGAGGGGGUCGUUCUUGGUAGGAUGUACGAUGCGUGCUCGUCUGCUUUAAAUGCACAGAUCGGGCGAAGCGACAACGAGCGAUUCCUCGAACAGUUCGGCUACGUGAUCGUCGCGUCGCAAUUGCUGAAUGAGCACAGCGCACCCUCUUACACAUCUACCACAGACGUGGUGUCGACUUCACCAUCCGCAGACCUCCCAUCCCUCUCCACGACGUUCGGAAUCCAAGGCGCAGUCGUUACGGCGGCGGCGUCUUUCUCAAUCGCAUGGUUAUUACACUGGAGUCGCUCACGGUCUGGAGCUGGCUUUAGCCCGAAGCGAGUGAUAGUGCUUCUCAUCCUCGUCCCCAUUGUGGGGGCCUUGUUCUAUGCCUUUGCCAAACGUCAGUGGCUGAAGUAUCUACGACACCAGGCUGUUCAGGCUGCUGGGGCUUUCGUUGGCAACGCCCAGGGAUUUGACUCUGCUUCAUCUGCCUCGGUGGUAUUUAUACAGGAAGUCGAGCUGGUCUCGCGUGGCUAUCGGAUCAGUACUCCCUUACCGCCUAUUAGCCGACUCGAAGACCAGACACAGACACGGAGGUGCCUGAGACUACGCCGAGUGGUCUCGGAGUGUUUCUUUUCGAUGUUGGAGCGAUACAUUCGGUCACAGAACAUCCUGCGGCCCCUCACCGAUGAAGGCAAUCUCGCGAAGUAUUACGAUAUUUAUGACAUUGGGUUAGAGGAGCUCGAAGCAAUCGAAGCGACAGUAUCGCACCGCACAUCAGACGACCAGUACUCAUUGCGUUCCUUGCGAGAUCUCUUUGGGAAACUAUACAGCGUGAGAAAGAGCGUUUUGUGUUGUCUGUUGGCGCUGAGCGCUGAUGGAGGAGGUUCCGAUAUUGCCAGAUGGAGCACCGCCGUGGAGGAAAUGCGAGAUCUUGCCACGGUGACCGGAGCGAGCAUGCUUAAAAUGACAAGCAUUUUGAACGAAGAGGACCGGGAUACCAUUCCUCCAUCUCCCUUGCCCAUGGCCUCUCCAAGCAAGGACAAUCUUCGGGCGCAGUUCCGAAGGCUCAACUCCUUGUCACAGGGAGUACGAGCCCUACAUGCCAAGAUGCACAUUAUCAGCGAGGAGUCCAAUGCCAAUAUCGAACGGACCGACUCUUCUACCGAUUUCGAGGCAACUCUCCUUGCACAGUACGAGUCGAUCGGCAGUGACAUUCGGGCCCUGCUCCAGGAAUGGGAAGCAGGCAAAGUUGCUAUGUUGCACAGCGCCGAGCGGCAGAGCGCCGGAGAUCGAUCGCGACCAUCGAGUGCGAUGGUUUCGCCCUUGUCCCCCACUUCGAGCCUUGGAGGCACUACGGCCGUCGAAGGCAGCCCGACUGACGCGCUCAAAGCACUGAACGGGGAGGGCCGACCCGACUUGACACAUGCUUUCGACGAUGAGGAGAUCUUUGAAGCUGUUGUGCUACCAUCGUCUCGCAACAAGAGGGCCUCUUUGACGCGAGACGAGCGGCUGGCGCGUGUUCGCGAAGAUCGGGCGAGGCAGGCCGCUGCUCGUGAGAAGGUGGAUGCGAACACGAACAUGCUCAAAGAACUGGAGAUGGUCAUUCAGCAACGACCGCGGAAUGACCUCUCGAAAAGAUCGCCCACCAAACUAACUUCCACACGCGAUUCUUCUGCCUCCCACAUCUCAUUCAAUCCCUCCCUCCCUCCUCGUCAUCAUUUUGCUACUCUCCCACACACAACCUUAGUUCUCUCUCACAAACCUGUCAACAUGUUGGAAGCACGGCUAGAGCAGGCAAGCCUUCUGAAGCGUGUCGUCGACGCGGUCAAGGAUCUUGUGCAGGACUGCAACUUCGACUGCAAUGACUCGGGCAUUGCCCUCCAGGCGAUGGAUAACUCUCACGUGGCGCUGGUGUCGAUGCUGCUGCGCGCUGAGGGAUUCUCCCCUUAUCGCUGCGACCGCAACAUCGCGUUGGGUAUCAACCUGACCUCGCUGACGAAGGUCCUGCGGGCGGCCCAGAAUGAAGACAUUCUGACCCUCAAGGCUGAGGACUCGCCCGACGCGGUCAACCUGAUGUUCGAGAGCGCCGAGACCGACCGGCUAAGCGAAUAUGAUAUUAAGCUCAUGGAUAUCGACCAGGAGCACCUGGCCAUCCCCGAGACCGAAUAUGCGGCUACCGUGGAGAUGCCCGCGAUGGAGUUUCAGCGCAUUUGCAGAGAUCUGAACGCGCUGUCGGAGUCAGUCGUCAUCGAGGCCAGCAAGGAAGGUGUCAAGUUCUCGUGCACAGGUGAUAUUGGUAACGGCUCUGUCACCAUCCGCCAGCACACCAACGUCGACAAGCCCGACCAGAACGUCACCAUCUCCCUCUCCGAACCUGUCGCCCUGACUUUCUCCCUCAAGUACCUUGUCAACUUCUGCAAGGCUUCCAACCUGUCCAACUCGGUAAAGCUGCACCUAUCCCAGGAGGUGCCACUGCUCGUCGAGUAUAGUCUGGGCAGCGGCCACCUGCGGUUCUACCUGGCUCCGAAGAUCGGAGACGAGGAGUAA